UCCCCUACCGCCAUCCUCUAGGGUCAAGGUGGUUAACGGGGGCCCCGGGAGGAAAGGAGACUUGCCCAAUGUCACACAGCUGGGAGCCAGCUGAGGCGAGAUUUCCAAGCCGGGUCCACGCCGUUCGGGUCCAGGGUUCUGGUCACAGCUCCUUGCCGCCUCUCCACAGGACCAGAGAGGGGAGGAGUAAGAGGGAGUAGAGGAAAAGGGGGAGGGGAUCAGAGAGGGAAAGGAGGGACACGGCCCAGGGGUCAAAGUCCCCUACCCUUCCCCCACCGCCACUUUCCUGACUCGCCUGUCUAGAAGUUUCUGGCAGAAGACUCUAGGCUCCGGCCAUGGUGCAGCAGCAGGUGCUCUACCGGGCUCUGGUGUCCACCAAGUGGCUGGCAGAGUCGGUCCGCGCCCAGAAGGUGGGCCCGGGCCUGCGGGUGCUCGAUGUGUCCUGGUACCCACCUCUGCAGCGCAAUGCCCUGCAGGAGUACCGGGAGCGCCACAUCCCGGGCGCCUCCUUCUUCGACAUCGAGGAGUGCCGGGACCAGGACUCUCCCUACGAGAUGAUGCUCCCCAGCGAGGAGGCCUUCGCCAGCUACGUGGGCCGCCUGGGGAUCAGCAACAACACGCACGUGGUGGUUUACGACGGCGAUGACCUGGGCAGUUUCUACGGCCCGCGGGCUUGGUGGAUGUUCCGGGUUUUUGGCCACCGCACCGUCUCGGUACUCAACGGGGGCUUCCGAAACUGGCUGCAGGAGGGGCACCCGGUGACCUCGGAGCCCACGGACCCCGAGCCGGCGGUCUUCAAAGCCAAGCUCGACGAGUCCCUGCUCAAGACGUACGAGCAAAUGUUGGAAAACCUCGAGUCCAAGCGCUUCCAGAUGGUGGACUCCCGCUCCCGGGGGAGGUACCUGGGAACCGAGGCCGAGCCUGAUAGCAAAGACCUGGAACCCGGCCACAUCCCUGGGUCCCUGAACAUGCCUUUCACGGAGUUCCUGACAGCAGAAGGCUUCAAGAAAAGUCCUGAAGAAAUCCAGGCUAUGUUCAAGGAGAAGAACGUGGAUCUCUCAAAGCCUCUCAUUGCCACCUGCCGUAAGGGGGUCACCGCUUGCCACAUCGCCCUCGCCGCCUACCUCUGUGGCAAGCCUGAUGUAGCCGUGUAUGACGGCUCCUGGUCUGAAUGGUUCCGGCGGGCACCCCCCAAGCUUCGGGUCUCCCAGUGGAAGGGGGGGAAAUCCUGAGUAGGGAUGGGGAAAGGAUGAUAUUCCAGCCUCUCUGUGCCCUCUCCUCUCUUGGGCCAUCAAGAUCUAGGAGCCCAUCUUUGCCUUACCCGUAGUCCUUUCUGAAAUAAUGUCUAGUUUAUACUUUUUUUUUCUUAUCCAUUUUUGUAAAAGAGAAAGAAGAGUUUCUGGGGUAGCUAUGUAAAACUUUUCCCUCCUCUCUUGUCAGCUCUGGAAUAAAAUCACCCCUUUCUGAGA